GAGGGCUGCAGUCGCCUCCUCCCCAGCGGCGCCGUCGCAGCCUAGAGGUUAUAAAAGGGCUAACUGGCUCCCUCUGCUGCCCAGUCGCGCCGCCAGCGGGCUGAGGGAAGGGCGCAGGUAUCCGGCCCGAGAGCAGGCUACAGCGGACUGAAGAGCGCGCCGCCCCCCCGUGCCCACUCCCAGGUAAUAAGGAGUACUUAAAAGUCCAUGGAUGUGAUGGUGAAGGAGCAAGAACAGCGUGCUGUCAGGAUAUUUGGAAAAGAAAGGUGUGUGAACCUGAAAAAUUAAGUUUUCCAAGAUGAUGUGGUAUAUUUUAAUUGUAGGGAUUCUACUUCCCCAGUCUUUUGCACAUCCAGGCUUUUUUACUUCAAUUGGUCAGAUGACUGAUUUGAUCCAUACUGAGAAAGAUCUGGUGACUUCUCUGAAAGACUAUAUUAAGGCAGAAGAGGACAAAUUAGAACAAAUAAAAAAAUGGGCAGAGAAGUUAGAUCGACUAACCAGCACAGCAACAAAAGAUCCAGAAGGAUUUGUUGGGCACCCUGUAAAUGCAUUCAAAUUAAUGAAACGUCUGAACACUGAAUGGAGUGAGUUGGAGAAUCUGGUCCUUAAGGAUAUGUCAGAUGGCUUUAUCUCUAACCUAACCAUUCAGAGACAGUAUUUCCCUAAUGAUGAAGAUCAGGUUGGGGCAGCGAAAGCUCUGUUGCGACUACAGGACACCUACAAUUUGGAUACAGACACCAUCUCAAAGGGUAAUCUCCCAGGAGUAAAACAUAAAUCUUUUCUAACAGUUGAAGACUGUUUUGAGUUGGGCAAAGUGGCCUAUACAGAAGCAGAUUAUUACCAUACAGAACUGUGGAUGGAACAAGCACUAAGGCAGCUGGAUGAUGGCGAGGUCUCUACCAUUGAUAAAGUCUCUGUUCUAGAUUAUUUGAGUUAUGCGGUAUACCAGCAGGGAGACCUGGAUAAGGCACUUUUGCUCACAAAGAAGCUUCUUGAACUUGAUCCUGAACACCAGAGAGCUAAUGGUAACUUAAAAUAUUUUGAAUAUAUAAUGGCUAAAGAAAAAGAUGCUAACAAAUCUGCUUCAGAUGACCAAUCUGAUCAGAAAACCACACUGAAGAAAAAAGGGGCUGCUGUGGAUUACCUGCCAGAGAGACAGAAGUACGAAAUGCUGUGCCGUGGGGAGGGUAUCAAAAUGACUCCCCGGAGACAGAAAAAACUCUUUUGUCGUUACCAUGAUGGAAACCGGAAUCCGAAAUUCAUUCUGGCUCCAGCCAAACAGGAGGAUGAGUGGGACAAGCCUCGUAUUAUUCGCUUCCAUGAUAUUAUUUCUGAUGCAGAAAUUGAAAUUGUCAAAGAUCUAGCAAAACCAAGGCUGAGCCGAGCUACAGUACAUGACCCUGAGACUGGAAAAUUGACCACAGCACAGUACAGAGUAUCUAAGAGUGCUUGGCUCUCUGGCUAUGAAAACCCUGUGGUGUCUCGAAUUAAUAUGAGAAUACAAGAUUUAACAGGACUGGAUGUUUCCACAGCAGAGGAAUUACAGGUAGCCAAUUAUGGAGUUGGAGGACAGUAUGAACCCCACUUUGAUUUUGCACGGAAAGAUGAACCAGAUGCUUUCAAAGAGCUGGGGACAGGAAACAGAAUUGCUACAUGGUUGUUUUAUAUGAGUGAUGUGUCAGCAGGAGGAGCCACUGUUUUUCCUGAAGUAGGAGCAAGUGUUUGGCCCAAAAAGGGUACAGCUGUUUUCUGGUAUAAUCUGUUUGCCAGUGGAGAAGGAGAUUAUAGUACACGGCAUGCAGCCUGUCCAGUGCUGGUUGGAAACAAAUGGGUAUCCAAUAAGUGGCUCCAUGAACGUGGACAAGAGUUUCGAAGACCAUGCACCUUAUCAGAAUUGGAAUGACAAAUAGGCUUCCCUUCUUCUCCUGUACUCUAAUGUGUCUGAUAUGCACAUUUCCCAGUCUUAACUUUCCAGAGUUUACAAUUGACUAACACUCCAUGAUUGAUUUCAGUCAUGAACCUCAUCUGAUGUUUCAUCUGUGGACAAUCACUAACUUUGUGGGGGUUUUUUCUUUUAAAAGUAACACUAAAUCACCAGAUUGUACAUAUAAACCUUUAAAGUUCAGUUGGUAUCACAGAGGAUAAAGCAAGGUAGACCUAAAAAGUGAGGAAUUUUUACACUUUUAUCUUAAAGAACUUCUUGGAUAAAGAAAACAGUUUAAGCAUCUGAUUAUAGUAUCUCACUAUAUCUCAGUAGGGAGUAGCUAGAAUGGGCCAUCUGAUUAAGGAACAGAAGCCUCACAGUAUGUACCUAGGUAUUAGGUUUACCUAGUCUUACUUUUCCGGAUCUACCUGAAGACUAGGAAUAAACUAGGCCUCUAAUCAGGGUUCCACUUGAUGUUUGCCCCAUAUGCUAUUCUGAGUUGAUUGUGGUGAAUUAAGUCUGUUUAAGUUAAAAUACUUUGAUUAAAAAAUUUUUAAAUACAGAUCCCUAUAUAACAGUGGGUCUUCUUAACUAAAAUGAUCAUUAGUCUCUUGCCCCCUUUUUUUAAAUGAUGAGUUUGUCCAUAAAAUUUACUGUUUUUCUUAGUGCUAAUACCUUGCCUCUUAUUCCUGCUACAGCAGGUGGUGAUAUUGGCAUUCUGAUAAAAUAUUGUGCCUUAGGAGACUGGAAAUUUUAAAAUGUACAAGUCCUUUUAAUGAUGAGGGAAUUGAUAGAAAUUUUCUAAAAAGCCAAAAUGUUUUUUUCAAUUCUGAAAUGUGUUGUGACAACAAUGACCUAUUUAUGAUCUUAAAUCUUUUUUUAAAAAUGUUUCUGUUUUCUGUGUGGUAUUUUUCAUAUUUGAAUGUGAAUGCAUGCUAUAGUGACACAGAUGAUUCUAUUGAUGUUACUAUUUUUUUUUUUUUUUAAUGCAUAGGACUUAGGUUUAUCCCCUUGGUAUUCAUUCACUCUAAUGGCACACUCUUACAGUAGAAAAUUUAGGCUCUCUGAACUUUCAGAUAUUUAUUCAAAAUAGGUUUCCUUCUAAAGGAACUACAACUUUACUAUGGUUAUGGAGCUAUUACAAUAAUGGUACUUAAGCUUUCUCUUUUUCAAAAAUAUGGCGUAAUAUAAAGCUGUGACCCUAAUGAAGUAUACUAAGUUUAUACAAGGGCUCUUUAUCUUUUAUGCACUCUUAAAAUAUUUAAUUUGGGUAAGAAAGUAUUAUUACUUUUACCAACUUAAAAAAAAAAAUCAGUGAAAUUCCUUUCUCCCAAAUACCCUUUGUUUCACCCAAACUAUUUUGGUAAAAAAUAUUGAAAAUAAGCUUCAGUACUUUACUUAAAUUUUGUGACCAUAGAGGAUUUAAAAAAAAAUCCUGUUAGAAGCAAUGUAAAUGUGAGGGGAUAGAAAUAAAAUGGUGGUUCAGUGAAUGGAAACUAACCUUUAUUACCUUACGUGUUAUAGCAAGUAGAAUAAAAAUAAUAUAUAUUUCA